ACUAACGUUAUGUUGUUAAAUUUAUUUUUCUCGACACGAGUUUUAAAAUAAUAAUCGUCACAAAAACUCAUCAAAAUUCAUUCAGCUAACAAUAAUGCCGAAAUCUAAAAGAAACAAAGCAGUAUCUCUCACGAAAACAAAGAAAAAGGGACUUGAUAAUAAAAAGCUCAUAGUAACUAAAAUCCACGAAUGCAUAGAAAAGUACAAGUACCUCUACGUCAUCAGUGUCGAGAACAUGCGAAGUACCAAGAUGAAAGAUGUUAGACAGGAAUGGGGCCAUAGCAGAUUCUUGUUUGGCAAGAACAAGGUUAUGGCCCUUGCUCUUGGCAAAACGAAGGAGUCCGAACACCAGACCAACCUGCACCGGGUCACUGACAAGUUACGUGGGCAGACAGGAAUUUUGUUCACCGAUACACCAGAAAAUGAUGUCCUCAAAUGGUUUGAAAGUUACGUGAAAGAUGAUUAUGCACGCUCGGGCAAUAGGGCCCCACACACGGUUGUCUUACAAGCGGGCCCCGUCCCUUCAUUCAGUCACAGCAUCGAGCCCCAGCUCAGGCAGUUAGGGCUGCCCACUUCGUUGGAGAGAGGGGUGAUCACAUUACUAAAAGAAUUCACAGUAUGCAGAAAGGAUGAUGUCUUGAACCCUGAACAAGCCAGAAUACUGAAAUUAUUUGACCACAAGAUGUCGAAGUUCCGAAUAACCAUCACAGCCAUGUGGACGAAGAAGAGCCAGGCUUUCAAGUCCUUCGAAGAGUACAACAAAAAACUCAAUGAAGCCUCUAGCAAGGAAUCAAAGACUGUCAAUAUCAGAGGUGAGGAUCUUAAACCAAGCGAGACGACAGAAGUUGAGAUGCAAUCAGACAAUGAUGGCGAUGAUGAAAUCGUUAAGAAUGAUAAUGUUCUGACUAGCAAUGAUGAUGAUGAUGAUGAUGAUGACGACGGUGCAGUUGAGGAUGUAUAAAUCUGGUGUGUUAUGGUAUGGUAUGUAUGAUACAUGAUAUGAUAUGAUAUGAUAGAUAUGAUACAUGAUAUGAUAUGAUAGAUACGAUACGAUACGAUACGAUAUAAUGUGAUUUAGUGAUGACAAAAACUGAAAAUUAUUUUUCUUUCAAAAAAUAAAUUAUUAAAUAACUU